AUGACCUGGCGUCCUCCUCCACACAUUAUGAACUGCUGGCGGCUCGCUUUUGGAUUGCCCUCCGCUUCUUAUACCGUCCACACGUCCCACUUCCAAUGUUAGUUUGGUUGUCGUUUAGUUUCAGUUCCCUUCAUUUCAUCUUGCUCUUGUCAUUUGUCAUGUUUUUUCCACCGUUCAUUCGUUUGCUCUCUAUUGCCCUUUGAUUUUGCUCUUUUGAUUCCCAUGUGGUAAGUGCUGUAUCGUUGGUCACCGUAUAUCAUUCCAUCCAUCUAUUUAUGUAUUCGUUCGUGCUUCUGGUUAUGUCUGUCGCGAUAGCCACUGUUGAGUCGUUCGUAACCAGCUUGUCACCGACACUCUCGCACCAAUUCACAACUCUUCUGGCAAUACAGCACUUCCUUUCCCUCCAUUUCUGUGGUACUCCUCUGCUCUUUUGGUUCCUUUGCUUUUACUUUUGCUUUUGCUUUUGCACAUCUCUGUUCGUAGAAUAUACAUAGUAUCUAUUUUGACAACCCCAGCUUGACCCAACAUCGUCGCCAUCGUCACUAGUGCUUGGUGUAUAUUAAAACUGAUAUGCGACGA